AUGUGUCGAUUGAAAUCUCCGCCCCUCACUUGCUCGUCGGCUAAAGUCAUUCUGCAAAUAAUGCCUGAAGUUUAUCUCCAAGCUCCCUUCAGCGGACCAGGCAUCAUGGAUGAUGUUGCUACAAUCCAAUUUUGUAUAGACUGUCAAAAGAAAACAUACGCCAUGAAGUACCCCGACAAUGUACUACGAAACUUUACGUUUUUCUAUGAAAACCAAAAUCAAUGGGUUGGACAAAACCCCGUCCCCGGAGACUUUGUAUGGCAAAAAAUUAUGCCAUCAGUUGUAAUGGGGAAUGGCGCCGUGUUUUCUUUGUUCCUAGAAGAAUGUUGCCGGAACAGUGUGAAGAUUGAGGAUAAUAUGAUGGCAUUCAAAUUGUGUGCAUCUUGUUACCGCCGAAACUCAUUUAUCACGGAUUCCAACUCUCAAUGA